GGCCACAAAGGACUGGAACCUGUGUCUAAUCUUAAUAAACCAUCUUUAUACUUUGUGGUGACAAAAAAUUUCAAAAGAGAAGCUCUCCAUGAAGUUCUCCAUGCUCAUCGUGCUGUGCUUGCUCGCUUUACUCUUCCAGCAUUCUCACUCCACGACAAUACUAGUUGAUGGAGUUUCAGAGUGGAAAAACCCAACUGUUCAUGUAGGAGACUCCGUCAUUUUCAAGCACACGUAUCAGUACAACCUCUACAUUUUCCAGAACCAAAGAGCCUUCGAUCUCUGCAAUUUCACUCAAGCCACUCUUCUCAGCAAACCUGACUCCACCUCCUUCACGUGGCACCCAUCACGCACUGGUUUCUUCUACUUUGCCUUCAACAAUGGCUCUCUGCUCAAAACAUGCCAAAACACCCAGAAGCUGGCCAUAACAGUCUCCUCCUCCUCCGCACCGCCGCCGCAGAGUUCCGGUUCAAGUUCAAGAAUCUCUCCGCAGCUUCCUCCAACCGUGGCCCCAACACCGAAAUCUGGUGGUGGUGGAGUUUCAUCAUCUCCAGUAUUCCCAUGGCCAUUCCAUCCUCGCCAAGUGGCAUUAGCUCCCAGCCCACAACCAAGCGUAAGCUCUUCAGUGACAGAUAAAGGAGGCGGCGGCGGUGGAAUCCCAUUCAUUAACAGUAAUCCUGCUGUUCCUUUGCCCACUGGUGAAGUGGAUUCAACCACAAUACGCCCUGUACCAACCUCUGGCCACCAGAGACAGGCGCUGGCGGGGUUAUUUGCUGCUCAAAUGGAAUUGGCUCUGUUUUGUGUGGUUUUCCUGGUGCUGUAGAGAGAGAGAGAGAGAGAGAGAGAGAGAGAGAGAGAGAGAGAAAAGGGGGGGUAUGUUAUGUAGUUUGUAAAAUAGCAAAUGGAAUUUCUGAGGUAGGUAGGUUAAUCUUCAUCAGAGUUUUGUAAUUUGUAAUGGUGGUUUGAUGAUUAUACACCAUGUAGUGUAGUGUAAUGAUGCUCUUAGAUUAAAGUCCCUACUUUGGAAAUCAUUGCCAUUUUUUGCUCCUUUAA